AUGAAGAAUGCAGAACUAAAACAGUUAAGGAAGAAGUCUUUUUCUAAUUUGCAUAUAAUGAUCCGCAAAAUACUUCUGAUCCUAGCAAUGGCGCGGAGUGUUCUUACAAGAGUUAAUAUGGAAGAUAUAAAGGCAGUCAGUGAGACUUUGGUUGGAAAGGCGCAAGACGUAGUGAUUAAUCCAAAUGGGCCAUUAAAUCUACAACGCGGUUACAUUGGGCACCGAAGCAGAUACAUGUACAAUAAGCGGUUUUAUUCCUCUGAAAUAGACACAGACUAUUUGUUGAAGAAGGAUAAAAUAUCUCGUUUUGGCCAGCAAGAGUAUACAUUUGCAAGAACACCAGUCAAUGACAGAUCAUAUAAAGAGUUGGAUACAAAGAGUUCUAGAGAAAAGUAUCUUAGUACUUAUCAUACACAGCUCAUAAAGAUGUUUCCUUCAAUAGAUGGAGACCUUUCCAUUGAGGCAGGGAGGCCAAACGCGCUUACGAACUUCCUAAGAGCAGAUCACGUUAAGAAGGAUACCAAGUACAUUCUUGCUGCGCUGCUGCUUCUCUCAGAGGGCGUUGACAUUAAAAUAGAUAUAGAUCAUACAGGAGACAAAAAAAAGCUUGUCAUAAAAAGUAAGAAAAGCAAGGAGAAAGUGUUUGUGAAUGUGGAAAUGCAUACUACAGGUAUAGAUCCAGUUACCAAUGAGCACAGUGAGAGCAUCUACCAAAGUGAGGCAGCUGAAAUUGUUAACUUCUAUAGACGCUGUAGAGAUAAUCCGCUGCUAAAGAAGGGGGGCGAGUUUGCAAUGCCUUCUUGUAAAAAAGAGUUUGAGAGCGGGAAUUUUUUAAACAGUGCAGCCUUCCUUAUACAGACGUACAUCUACGAGUUUAUUGACACAGCAGAAGACUACAAGGACUUUGUAGAAGCAGCGCAUGAACUAAUGGGUGAUCAAGUAGUUGAAAAGGAAAACCCCGAGCAGACUAAGAAGAAAGGCAAAAAAGGCAGAAUAUUCGAUGAGCUCUUUCUAGCGAAAGAUGCACUUGGCGAAAAUAUAAAGUACAUUGAAUCGUUCUGUGAUCUUAUACAGGCUAAAAAUGAAGAUGCUAAAUUUCCCUUCUGCAAUGAUAGUCAGCUGCCGCAGUAUACUAGAGUGCCACGAUACAAGAAGGAUAAAUCAGGUUUUGAGUUAGAUCAGUCCUUUUACUAUAGUGACUGCGUAGAAACAGCUCUGCUUGGACUGUUCUGCUGCCUGGCAUAUAAUCCAGAGACUGGAAAGUACGAAACCUGCCACAUGGGAAAGGGAGUAAGCAAAGAGUUGAGAGACUUCUUUGAAAAGUAUCCAAAGCCAACAGAAGCCACAGACUUUGAAAUGCACAAACAGUGGAGCAGAGUUGUUGCUUGUUUGGAUAAUCAUGAAAUUGACUACAAGAAAGAGAAAAAUGAACUUAUAGCUGGGAUUGGAAAUAUAUUCCUGGCAAUUGCAGAAAUAACAGGCCAGAAGGAGGGAAUGCUAAAACUAGUUGAGUAUAUAGAGACUGCAUGUAAAGCAGGGGAAUUCGAUAAUAUGCAGAAAUUUUACAUUAAGAAUAAGAUAGAAUCGAUUAUUAAGUCUCUGUCACUGAAUAAGAACGUGAGAGUAGAAUGCAACCAGAUGGCGCUUGGACAGAGGUCAAAUGGAAAAGCAGAUCUUUUAGCUGAAAUUAAAAUUAUUUAUGUGUUUGAUGGAGCAGAGAAUGGAAUUGUUUUAAAAGUAACAAAAGGGCAUGGAAUUCUUACUCUUCUUUCAUCCUUAGAUGCCAAUUCUGCAUACAUUAUAGAAAAGUGUGAAGAAGUAAAAAAUACUUACAAUGGAAUUGAGUCCUAUAUAGAAUAUAUUGUUGUUCGAUAUAUUGAUGCUGAGUUGAAUGAUUUAAGAUCUAUCAGUUGCAUGCCCUCAAAUGAUCUUAUAAAAAGCAUAGAUCCAAUAUUACAGGAUAUGCCUAACAAUAUCUCUAAAAUAUUCCUAUUCGGAAAGCUUGCUAACACUAGCAUUAAGGCGCAUAUUAUAAAGCUUUUUAUAGUCUCUACAAUCAAUAAUGAGCUAGACCCAACUAACCCUGCGGCACGCUUUACUGCAAACAUUUUAGGAAGUGUUCCGCUCAAUGAUUCUCUAACCCGCCGGCAAAUGAUGAAAUUCUUCCCAAUACAUCCAAAAUGGCAGGAAUACUACCCAAAACUUGGAUAUAAGCCAUCUGAGCAUCUACCUGAAACAGAGAUUAUACAUUUGAGCUCAUCAGAAAUAUAUUUUUCAAAUUUGCUAAUAUCAUGCCCAGUCCCUACUACCAUAAAAGCUAUAGGCAACUAUUUUAAAGCAACUAUGGAUUACCGCAAAAUGCAUUAUAUGGCAAGGUAUUUCAUGUCCUCAAAGUCUGUAUUUAAUCAUAUCGCAUCUGAAGGCCUAGACAGCUUAGUGAAAAUUCAGUCCAUUCUUAAUGAAACUAAGGACUUUUACAUUUUAAACUUUGUAUACACUUCCUGGCUUUUUCACAUAUGUACAAGCAACUGCGAGUUCACACCGGACCUUAUUAAAACAGUUUACAACUUUAUACUAUUUGAUCAUCUGCAGGAUAUAAGUGAUUUCAAAGAACUAGGGAUAUCUAGUGUAGGAUUCAGAAAAUGUGUAAGUUUUUUGAAAAAAAGAAAGAGUCUUUUGUGCACAAAGAAUGACAAAAAAAGUAUAAAAAACUAUGAUAAACUGAUAUUAUACUUUAAGUUUGCCAUUAAGCGCAAAUCUUUUUUCUGCUUAUGGUAA